GUACGUAUGUAUCAUCUGAUGCAAAAUAAACUUUCAGUCCAAUUGCGAUAAACUACCAAAUCAAGAUGCAAACACUAGGAACAUUAAUGCUACUAAGAGGAACCAUAAUGAGUAUAAUUAUACAGUAUAGUACAAAUUAAUGAUUUAGACCACCAACAAGUAUAAUUUUAAUUCCCUCUAGCUUACUAUUUACCAUUGUUUAUAUACCCCCAUCUCUGUGUACACUGUUUGUAUACCUGGAUAAAUUGUAGAGUUGUAUAAAUUUAUGGCAAGUGAGAGUGAAGGAGGACGCAUGUUGUUCUUCUCUCAGCCUACAACAACAACAACAGACGACUUGGCGUUGGCUUGUGUUAUUAACCAUCCACCUUUAUAUAUGGCGGGGCUACUAAGUUAAAAACUUUGAAAAAAUAUUAAUUCACUUGCACAUAUAAACGAUGUCAGUUGAACCUCCUACCCAUGAAGAGAUCCAAAUAGACGAUGAAGUAGAAGAAAUUGAGGAGGAGGAAGAGGAUGAGGAGGAGGUGGAUGAGGAAGAGGAUGUAGAUGAAGAGGAGGAGGAAGAAGAGAUAGAGGAAGUGACACAUGGUAGGAGCACUGGCAGAGGCCUCACCUUGAAGACUCUGGUGAAGGAAGGCAUCUUACAGCCUGGCGAGGGACUCAUGACCAUCAAUUAUCUGGGGAACAAGUUCAAGGGUGACCUGUUACCUGAUGGGAGAAUUCGUUCACAAGAAACAAACAAGAUCUUCGGCACACCCAGCGCAUGGGCCAUCUACUGUAAGAAGAUCGUCAACCCAGACAAGAAGUCUGGCUGUGGAUGGGCGUCGGUACGUUAUCGUGGAAAAAAGUUGGACUCCUACAAGAACAAUUGGUUCCGGCAGAAGCAACUCGAAUUUGAGAAAGAGGGGGAAGCAUUGGAUGAGGAGGAGAUGACUGACAGUGACAGUGAUGGACCUCAUGAGCAAGAGAUUGUUGAGUUUGAGCUGAUUGGCAAUAGACAUCCUAACCACGACAUGAACACAAUGGUUGAAUUAACGUCAUUCCAAUCCCUGGGACGGAUGCAGCCCUUCACGGUGACUAUGUCGUCCUCCGCCAUGGCCAUGAUUGAUAUUCACGCUCACCUCACCACCUCAGAGGUCGUAGGGUAUCUGGCCGGGCAGUGGGACGUCACAAACCACACAGAUCUGAUUGUGUCUCAUGCCUUACCGGUACGUUGCCGGCUGGGUGAUGGGGAGAAAGGGCGUGUUGUCGAGCAAGCACUGUAUGCUGAGAUGGAGAAACUUAAUUUGUCUCUUGUUGGAUGGUAUCACUCUCACCCGUUCUCCCCUCCUUUGCCCUCACUAAGAGAUAUAGACUCCCAGCUGGAGUACGAGUUAAAGAUGAAAGGCUCAAAUGAUGCGAGCUACACUCCAUGCAUUGGUAUUAUAGUCUCACCAUAUGUAAGAGGUGGAGGCCAGGGAACAACAGCAACUGGCUUCUGGGUGAUGCCACCACCAGAACAUAAGCCCCAGGAAUAUGGACGACCCAUGAGCAUCCAGUUCACUAUUGUCCAAGAUGCUUUUAUACCUAAGGAUGCUCUUAUUCAUGUGCGUGACACAGUGAAGUUCUUCAAGGACUGUCCCGAUAGUGUAGUAUUCAGUGACGUAUUUCAGGAUCGCUUUACCUACUGGGACAAAUUAAAGACUGCCAUCCGUAUGUGUGUACCCAAGGACCAUUAUGCUCCGCUGAUGGACUAUCUUGCCAAGCUCUUAGAACUAAAGAAUUAUGUACCUGAACCAACAGUAGUUUCAAGUAAGUCAAAAUCCUCGACUUCAGGACCAAAGCCACAGACUUCAGCUGAACUUACACCAAUUGAAUCCUCCUCUACUACUACUGUGCCCAGCUCAGUCAUUAAGAACAGAACAUCUAUAGAUACUGGAAGUGGUGUAGUACAUAUCGAUGAAAAUAUAACAGCUGAAGUACUUAAGAGCUCACAGACUACAGUUAGUGUCUCUCCAGAAAAUUUAAUGUCCGAAUCUGUGUCGAUCCUGAAAAGUCAAACUCAAGUUCAGUCCAUGGAAGUCUCUAUGCCAGAAGCUGUGAGAUCACCACACCUUGACACACAGCAAGGUCAUUGUGAACCAAAACAGCUACGUGCACAGCAGGAAGAGUACCAACCACCAAGCUACCAGCAGCACAGUCCACCAGCAUAUAAGCCGCCACAACAGGAACACUUGUACGAAGAGCAGAAGCAGGAGUCAGAAGUUCAGCAAGAAUUCCUCCGAGAGCAGGACUACGACAAGCACCAACAUAAACAGACCCCACAACAAUACCAACAACAGUUACAGUACUCACAGCAGAUUGAUGACUACCAAGGAGAUCAGAAAUGUGAGGAGGAACUUCAAAAAGAAUAUCGUGAACCACCCCCAAGUUACCACCAGCAGCACUUUACAAUACCAACUGGCUACAUCCACGAAGAACCAAAGACAUCACGUCCACUUGAAGACAGAGUACCAGGAUCAGAUGCACAGCAGGUAGAGGAAGGAACACAAGGCACGUCACAUUAUCAUGAAAAACUUGCAUUGGACCCUUGGGGGGGCCACAGACAGAGUGAGCCACCCCAUCAGAGUGAUAGCAGGGAAGUUGAGGUCAUUCAACCUAUGGAUCUGGAUACUCAGUCCUAAUAUUGUACUCGAGACUUACGGUAACUUUACCAUAUAAAACAAUGCUGUACUUGGUAACUCCAAAUGUAAUACUGUACCUGUAGUUUUACAUAUGGAAUUAUAUCAUCAGCUCCACCUUCCAAAGUAGAGAUGGUUGAAAUAUAACUACUAUAUAAUUUAGCUAAUUAUCUCUUUAAAUAGGUAUUCAAAUAUGCUUUAUAUUGUCUAAGGAUAUAAAUAUGAACAGACCAACCAUCCACAGGAGCUGGUGAGUCCACUAUAAACUAUGGGUAGUUCUAGUAACACAGACACAUGUGGGGGACACAGACACCUACUAGUGAUACUGACACAUGUGGGGGACACAGGCACCUACUA